AUGCGAUUAUGGGAACGCUACAAAGAGACCAUUCGUGCCAAUUGGCACUUGGGUGUGACCUGCUUCGGCGGGCCCGCCGUGCAAUUCCAGACUUUCCACAGACGCUUUGUGGAAGAUCUCGGCUGGAUCGAUGAACCGAUGUAUCAGCAAAUCUUCUGCCUCUCCCAGGCUUUACCGGGCUCUGCCAGCGUCAAGAUGCUCCUAUGUAUAAAUGCAAUUCGAAAUGGGAUUGGAGCUGGCUUCUUAGCAUUUUUCAUUCUACCCGGUGCCGUUGGCAUGUACGCCCUGGCAGUCGGCAUAGGCCAUGUUCAGUCCACCUUACCACCUCCAGCCUAUGCACUGUUAUCGGGACUUAAUGCUGCCACAGUCGGAGUGAUUGCACUUGCUGCAGUCAAGCUAGCAGAAAGAGCCAUUAGUGAUAGGAUGACAAGGUUCUUGGUAUAUUUUGGAGGAGUUCUGGGAAUGCUGUACUACCCACUGCUAAUGGUAAUCGCCGGCAUCGUUACGUAUGUGUGGGAUACAAAUUAUCUCCAGGGUCAGUACGUCAUCGCCAGACGCUCUUUGAAACGAUUAGUCUCUCGAAUACGAAGGAAAUCAUCCGAUAUAGAGAAGGCUCAAGACCUACCGUCAGGAAAAUCUUCUAAACGCACUUCUGAUACCGACAAGCCGCUACCGGAGCUGCCCAAAAAGUCACUCCGAAAACAGAAGCUCACCCAAAUGGCCCCUAAACCUUUACCAAUUCCUCGCUCGAAAUUUGCUCUACCAAAAUACGUUGAAGAGGAGACUGAGCAGGACAUUCCGGCAAUGUCUUGGCCCUUGGGCUCCCUCAUCCUCGUCAUGUUCGGCCUUACUUUCGUUUUGUUCACGACUCUGCACAUAGUCAUGCCAAAGCUGCAACGAACUUUCGAUCUUUUCUCGUCCUUAUAUUUAGCAGGCACUAUCAUCUUUGGAGGCGGCCCUGUCGUCAUACCGCUGCUUCGCGACUACAUCGUCAGCCCUGGCUGGGUUUCACCGCGUGAUUUCCUCCUCGGUGUUGCCGUCAUCCAAGCGUUUCCUGGCCCGAACUUCAAUUUUGUGGUCUACCUCGGCUCACUCGCCAUGGCAAAAACAUCCAAUCCGUCAUUUGUGGGCGCCAUCAUUGCUUUCAUCGCGAUGUACAUACCGGGACUGUUUAUCGUCGUUGGCUUUAUGGGACUUUGGCGCGUAAUGAGCAACAAAAAGUGGUUCCUCGCUAUUCUUCGAGGUAUUAAUGCUGCUGCUGUGGGGCUCGUCUUCACGGCUGUAUAUAAGCUCUGGCAGAUGGGCUAUCUCACAGCUGCAGUACAGGAAGGAGGACCGCUCGGCACAGACCCGUGGCUUGUGUUCAUCACGGCGACGGCAUAUGUCAGUGGUGCGUGGUUCGGCUUCAAUCCGCCUACAGCGAUUUUGCUCGGCGGGAUUCUGGGCAUUGUAAGAUAUGGGGUUCUGGAUGCAUGA